GACACAUUUAUUUAACCUAUAAAAAAUAUUCUGACAAAAAGUCAAUCAAAAAGUAAACAUUGAAAUCUGUGAUUGAAAUUGAAAAUAUUAUUGGCAUAGGCAUAUAUACUGGCAAUUGCCCAGUGGCAAAGCCAAAACCGAAACAAGACAAAAUAUUUGUAACUCCCAGAGACACUCUUUUAUGGCAAUAGUGGCAAUUGCCUAGUAGAUAAACCCCAUUUAGCAAACCCAUAACCCAGAGAAGACAACUUCAAUUUUUUUAAAAUGUAAUAUAUGAGUCAUAUUGGGUGACUAGAUAGUUAUUUAAACCGAAAACUGCCGAAAAGUAGUGUUUUUUAAAUAAAGACAAUGAGUCGGUCCGCCACUAAACCAGCUGACGACAAACAGAUUGAUAAUUUAAUACAAGAAAAUGUUGUAAAUUGGCAAUCAGCAAGUAAUCCAUUGGCCCCAUUAAAUGAAGAACAAAUUGAUCUAUUUUACGAAAUUGGAGAUGUCGUUAAACAACUCUAUAAUGAAGGAAAUGAAAAUACUGAGGAAGUUAGAGUAAAAGAUACCGAUGAUAAUAUACCACUUAUAACAAAUAACAUAGAUUUUGUAAAGUGGAUGGUAUCAGUUGAAAAAGAAAUUCAAGAUGAGAAUUUUAGUAAUUUUCAAGAAUAUUCAAAUUUACUUUCAAAACAUUUGGAUAAUUCAAAAUAUUUGCUUACAUUAUCUGAUACCUCUUUAGAUUCCUUGUCUGUAUUGAGGGAAAAAUACGAAAAUGUUGUUGAAAAAACUAAUUAUUUACAUAAUUUAAGUGAACAGUUAAUGAUACAACAGAAAUCUUUGAAACAAAAGAAAGCAGAUAUCAAUUCUAGAUUAAAGUACUUUAUAUAUUUUCCUAAAUGCCAAGAAGUAAUAGAUAACUUUGGCCAUAACAAAGUAAAUAGUACAGAAUUUAUUGAAGCUCUUAAUAACAUUGAUUUAGCUAUAGACUACCUGAAUGAGCAUAUGUCAUUUAAAGAAUCCAAGGUAUAUAGAAUUAAGUACGAAAGUCUUUUAAAUACAGCUUUACUACAUGUCUAUAAUUUUGUUAAUAGUAUUUUGGUUGAGACCUCAAAACAUAUAACUACAAACAGUGAUAAUGGGGACAUUUUACUUCAACAUCACCGAGACUCAGUAUCAGAUACAAUUUUUACUUUAUACUAUGGAAAAUUUCAAAGUUCUUCAGUAAAAGUUAAACAAAUACUUGAAUGUAUUGAAAAGAAAGUAGAAGUAAGCGAUUAUUAUAAAAAUAUAAUGUACGACUGUCAAAGUAGUUACUUCCAUCAACGUUUGCCUAUACUUGAAGCAGCCGUUUCAAAAGCUUUACAAGAACUAAAAAACCAGCACAAAACUGAUUACAGUGUGUUGUUUAGAUCAUGCUGUAUAUUUACAAUUAAGGUGUGUACUGAUGAAGUAAUGUGCUACAAUUUUUUCUUCACAAAUUUGUCUCCACAAUUGCAUGACUAUUUGAGUUCUCUAUGUCAACAUUUAUAUGACAUUCUCCGUCCUUGUCUAAUUCAUAUAAACCAUAUAGAGAUUUUAUGUGAGCUAUGUAGUAUUUUAAAAGGUGAAAUGUCUAAUGAAAAAAAUGUUUCAAACCAAUGUCUGCUUCGUUACGUUGAGGUAAUAAGACAGCUUCUCGAAGAUGUUGAAGAGAGGUUAGUUUUUCGAGUAAAUAUGUUCUUUAAACAUGAUUUAAGUGAUUAUAAGCCUUCUCCUGGAGAUCUGGCAUAUCCAGAAAAGCUUCAACACAUGGUGGAUGUAAUAGAAGUAAGAGAAAGAAGGCCCGAUUCUCGUAUGUCUAUACAGUCAAGUGAAUCCCAAGAUAUAAACCCACUAGAUGCUUCACAAAUACCCCAUUUCAGAUCAUAUACUGGCAAUUCUCCGGCAGAUUUGCAUGGAAUGUGGUAUCCAACUGUCAAAAGAACUUUAGUAUGUCUUUCAAGAUUGUAUUUUUGUUUAGAUAGAGAGACGUUUCAAAGUUUGGCUCAAGAAGCUUUAAUUAUUUGUAUAAAUACUUUAGAGAAUGCUGCAGGUUUAAUAUCAGCUCGUAAAACAGCAUCUGACGGAAAACUGUUUGAAAUAAAGCAUCUGCUCAUUAUAAGGGAACAGAUAGCACCAUUCCAGGUUGAUUUAACAAAUAAAGAAGUUGCACUCGAUUUCAGUUCAGUACAAAAAGCUGCCAUGGACUUAGUACAGAAAAGACGACAAAUAUUUACUUUUGGAAGUAACAACGCACUUCUAGAAUUUCUGUUAGAUGGUACCCCAAAAGUUAAGGAAUAUCUGGUUGAUUCUAGAAAAGAGAUUGAUAAAAAAUUAAAGUAUAGUUGUGAAUCUUUUAUUGCAUAUGUCACUAAAUUGUUGAUUGGGAAUAUUUUGGAUUUAGUAGAGAAAUGUGAGGCAUUUAUUAAAGCAUUUAGCGAUAAGAAUAGUGAAACUUUAAGUAAACAGGAGUUUGCUAAAUCCAGUGUAGUAGCAGACUUAAUAAAACAAUCCGAAAAAUGUAUGAAGUUGAAAAUACCAGAAAUUCAAAAAUCAAUGCAACUGUACCUGUCUAACAAAGAAACCGAGUUCAUUUUAUUCAGGCCAAUCAAAAAUAAUAUUAUUAAUGCUUUUAUACAAUUGGAACAGAUUGUUCUAAAAGGAGGUUACACUGCUGAUGAUCAGUUAGAAAUUGCCUGUCCCACCCCCGAGCAUGUCAAUAUUUUGAUUUGUUCAGUGUCUCUGACAGGAGAGUGAAAAUGUAGUGAAUGUAUUAAAAAAUAAAACUGUAUGAAAAAAAAUAAGUAAAUAAAGGAUAAAUUU